CCAAUGUUUAUGCGCUUUUGUCAGCUGGUUCUCGGCAGAAGCGGCUCCAUCGCCCCCGAACUUAGGACUUCGAGCAGGAGCUUGAACUUUUUAAUCUGACAGCACCGAGAGCUUCCAUAUCGCUCCUUCCCUCCUUCAGAGCCUCCUCCCCUCCCUCUGACCAGCCUCUUUCGGACCUUGAACGAGGGCGACCGGGUCUAAUCCCCCCCCCAGCCGACACCGAGCCUCAGCGAGUGUGAAAACAUGACAUUAAAGUCCAGCAAGAACGAGCCCGCGGUCAUUCUGGAGCGCGUGAGCAGCGUUCGCACGGCGCUCUCCGACCUCUAUCUGGAGCAGCUGCUGCACAACAAACCCAGAGCAGACAAGGCAGCUAUGCAGACAUUUGAAGGGAAGGAUCAGGAGGUCUACACCAACGGCAGUGCUGCCCACAUGAACGGCAAAGAGAUGAUCAAGAUGCGUGAGGUGGCUUUCGAGAAACACCCAUCAGAACCAAUGGGAGUAACUCUAAAACUGAACGAGAAACAGAAGUGUACGGUGGCAAGAAUAUUACACGGGGGGAUGAUCCACAGACAAGGCUCCUUACAUGAAGGAGAUGAAAUUGCAGAGAUUAAUGGCAAAAGUGUUGCUAAUCAGACUGUGGACCAGCUACAAAAGAUUCUGAGAGAUACAAAUGGCAUCGUCACCUUGAAAAUCAUCCCAAACCAGCAAAGUCGCUCAAUGGUUUGUGAGAUGUACAUGAGGGCUCAGUUUGAUUACGACCCUGCAAAAGAUGACCUCAUCCCAUGUAAAGAGGCUGGCCUUAAGUUCCAGACAGGUGACAUCAUUCAGAUCAUCAAUAAGCGGGAUCCAAACUGGUGGCAGGGUAGAGUGGACAGUUCAGCCAAAGACUAUGCAGGGCUUAUACCUUCCCCAGAACUUCAGGAAUGGCGUGUUGCCAGUAAAAGCAAAACAACAGGUGAGGCCAGUCAGUCGUGCAGCCCUUUUGGCAAAAAGAAGAAAUGCAAAGACAAGUACUUGGCCAAACACAGCUCCAUCUUUGAUCAGCUUGAUGUAAUUUCAUAUGAGGAAGUCGUGCAACUCCCAGCUUUCAACAGAAAAACCCUAGUACUCAUUGGUGCACCUGGUGUGGGAAGAAGUCACAUAAAAAGUUCACUGCUGACCAAAUACCCUGAAAAGUUUGCCUACCCAGCACCUCACACUACCAGACCUCCUAGGAAAGAUGAAGAGAAUGGCCAGGAAUAUUACUUCAUCUCCAAUGAUGAGAUGACCAAAUGCAUCGUGGGGAAUGAGUUCCUGGAAUACGGUAGUUUCCAGGGCAAUAUGUUUGGCACCAAGAUAGAGACCAUCCUGAAGAUACAUGAGCAAGGCAAGAUUGCACUCCUGGACGUUGAACCUCAGAUGUUGAAGCUCCUCAGAACAGCUGAUUUUGCUCCCCUAGUAGUGUUCAUAGCUCCAACCAACACUGGUAACCAGUCAGAAGCACUGCAAGCCAUCCAGAAGGAAUCAGACGCCAUUCACAGCACAUACCGUCACUUCUUCGAUGUGAUAUUGGUCAACAACGACGUGGAUGAGAGUGUGAAGGGUGUGGAGGAGGCGUUGGAGAGAGCCGCUUCUAGCCCUCAGUGGGUGCCUGUGUCCUGGGUGUACUGACAUCCACAACCUCAUUUGCCAAAUCAUCCCCUAAAAGAACCCAUGCCAUUGUAAAGCAAGUGCAAUACCAAAUUACAAGACUAAGCUAAGGCUGGGCAUUUCUCUCAAUAUCUCCAGGCUGUUAGCACUGGACAACCCAAGUGUUUGCAAGGAUGUUUGUUUUGUAAAAGCAAUAAGUUACUUUUUUGUUUUUUUUGGAUGAAUUGAGUUUCGUCAGUUUAUGAAGAGCAGAGCAACAUCAGGCAAAAUGUGUAGGAUAAGUUAGUAAUGCAAAAAGGACCACUACUGUGACAAACACCAUUCUGGUUUUAAAAGGUCUGAUCUUUAAAUUGACCUUGAGCUGGCUUUGGUUUUGUAUUAUUCUAAUAGGAAGUGCCAUGGAACUCCCAAUGUAACGUUUACAUGUACUGUACUAUACAGGGAAAUUGUCCAGACUUAAGGCAACUUGUCAGUACUUUAUCAUGAUGUAGCUCAUCAGGUAUGGCACUUUUGAAAUGAAUUAAAACAUCUAACACUGGAAAA